UAGAGUCGCGGGCCUCGGAGAGGGGCAUCAAUCUCCAUCCGUCAACACCGGCGGGAGAGACACGUAUAGACCUCCACGAGCGCCGCGGAAGAGUUACACGACGAUUGUUGUUUUUAUUUUUAAUUUUUUUUCCCGGCGUUGACAUGUUAAUUGGCUAGUUUCCGGGGAAACUGGUGCGAGUUGCACGCGGAGCUGCUUCACGUCCUGCAAGAAAAGCCCAAAGUUUCUUCUCUGUGGAUAUUUCUCCAACUCUGGAUCUCAUUAAGUGACAAUAACGGGAUUUUUUUUUUUCCCCCAAAAAAAGGAGCCCGGACAAGGAAACCCGCGGAAGCAGCGGCGGGAGCGGACCACGUUCACCCGGACGCAGUUGGACAUUUUGGAGUCGCUGUUCGCCAAGACGCGCUACCCGGACAUCUUCAUGAGGGAGGAGGUGGCGCUGAAAAUCAACCUGCCCGAGUCCAGAGUCCAGGUGUGGUUUAAGAACCGGCGGGCCAAGUGUCGGCAGCAGCAGCAGAGCAGCAACAGCGCCAAGGCGAAGCCCGUGAAGAAGAAGUCGUUGUCGUCUCCGACGCGCGAGAGCCCGGGGUCGGAGAGCAGCGGCCAGUUCACGCCGCCGGCGCCGCCCAGCUCCUCCUCCGCCUCCUCCUCCUCCACCUCUUCCUCCUCCACCUCUUCCUCGGGGCUCGGCGCCGCCGCCUCCGUCACCGCCCCGGUGUCGUCCAUCUGGAGCCCGGCGCCCAUCUCCCCGGCCCCGGCGCCGGCCGCGCUGCCCGACCCCGCCGCCCCGCCGAGCGCUUCCUGCAUGCAGCGCUCGGCGCCGUCCUCCGGCGCCGGCGGGACGCCGUCCUACCCGGCGUCCUACAGCCAGACGGCGGCGGCGGCUGCGUACGGCCAGGGCUACCCGUCCUCGGGGACCGGCUCCUACUUCGGCGGCGUGGACUGCGGCUCGUACCUGGCGCCCAUGCACUCGCAUCCCCACCACCCGCACCACGCGCACCAGCUCAGCCCCAUGAGCGGCGGCGCCAUGUCGGGACACCCGCACCACCACAUCGGCCAGACGUCGGCGCACCACCACCACCACCACCCGUCGCACCACCACCCCCACCACCCGUCGCACCACCACCAGGCGUACAGCGCGCCGGGCCUCGCCUUCAACUCCACAGAGUGUCUGGAUUACAAAGAGCAGACGGCGGCGGCGGCAUGGAAACUCAACUUCAACGCCUCCGACUGUUUGGACUACAAAGACCAGGCGUCGUGGCGUUUCCAAGUGCUGUGACGUCCUCCUCCUCUUCUCUGCUUAAUGCGUUGGUGGUUUUUAUUCUCUGAAGAUUUAUUUUAAAGAACGGAGAGUCGAACCCCCCCCCUUCUGAUGGACCACCAUGGGACCUUAUCUCACUAAAAAUCCGUACAGUAGCAAACAUGGAGAGACAGAUGUGUGAUCGCGUUUUAAUUAAGCCAUGAAUUACACAUCUGGUGUUUGUCGGUUUAACCCUCAUGUUGUCCUCAUGUUGUCCUCAUGUUGUCCUCAUGUUGUCCUCAUGUUUGUCUUCAGUGGUGCUCAGUUUGUCUUCAUGUUGUCUUC